AUGGAACCACCUUCUACCUCCACUACUCAACCUUCAAGUUCUAGUGCACUACCCUCUCAACCUUUAUCCAACCCCAAGGGUGGCACCAACACCAUCACCUUGAGGUCCGGCACUAAAUUGCAAGAGAGGAGUCUCCAGGAGCCAACCCCAAGAAAAGUUACUCAAGAUGAUGAUGUUGUUGAGGUAGAAGAAGUCGAAGAGGAGGAUGAGGUGCAAGAGGUAGUUGAAGAAGAAGUUGAUCAACCAAGGGAUGGAGUUCCUAAGGAUGGACAUGUCUUGGAAGAAGCUACUCCAAUUUCAUUUCCUACGUUGGCAAGGAAGACCAAAAAGCAAGUGGAGCUAGAUCCCAAGAUGGUGGAAAUAUUUAAAAAGGAUGAGGUGACUAUUCUCCUUUUUGAUGCUAUUUGCCAAGUCCCUAAAUAUGCUAAGUUUCUAAAAGAUCUGUGUAUGAACAAGGAAAAGAUUCAUGAUUUAGAAACUAUUUCAUUGGGAAGCUCAAUUUCUGCUUUGAUGGGUGUUAUACUGGAGAAAUGUGGUGAUCCCGGUGCUUGUGUUAGCAUUAUGCCUUUAUCUGUUUAUGAUACAUUGAAGCUUCCACCGUUGAAACGGUCGGUGGCCCAGUUUGUUUUGGUGGAUAAAAGUAUAAUUUCUGUGGUUGACAUUGUGGAAGAUGUUUUAGUGGGUAUAAAGGGAUUGGUCUUUCCAAUUGAUUUCCAUAUUCUUGAGAUGCCCCCUAGUGACUCUGGAAGAACAUCAUCUAUCUUGCUUGGGAGGCUGUUUUUGAAGACCUCCCGGUUUAAAUUGGAAGCUUUUUCGGGUACCUACUCUUUUGAGAUCGAUGGAAGAACGGUGAGCUUUAAUCUUGAUGAAGCCAUGAGACAUCCACCGGAGGACCAUUCUAUCUUUCGAUGUGAUAUGAUUGAUAAUGUUGUGGCCGAAGUCCACCAUGAUAGUCUUAAUGAGAAGAAUAUGAUUCAAGGUCCAAGUGUGGGGAGCCCCAUGAAUGUGAAGAAGACAACUUACCACCUCCGGUGUUGCCGGAUGAUCAAGUGCCAAGUCAUGAACAAAGUGCAGAUUUGA